UUGAGGGAAAAAAAAACAACAUAGAGAAAAUAGUGGAGCAAAAUCAUUAGAGAGAGAGAGAGAGAGAGAGGGGGGGUUUAAAAUUGAAAUUGAAAGGGAACCGGAACGGAACCCAGCUAAAAACUUAAAACAUUUAAGAUUCAAAAUAAAAGAAAGAGAGAGAGAAUGGCGAGAAGAGUAUGAGAUUUCAAAACGCAAGAGAGAGAAAGUGGGAAGAAAUAGAUAGAGACUCGAGAGAGAGAGAGAGAGACAGAGCUUCUCCCACAUUUCCUCUUUCCUUAAAUUUCUUCUGUUUCGCUCGAUAUCUCUGAAUCUCUGAAUCUCUGAAUCUCGAAUUCUAAUUCCUUCUAGCUAGAAGACAGCCAGAGAGAGAAAGAAACAAAGGGAGAUCGUUUUCAUUUCCAAAUUUCCAAUUUCUAGGGUUUCAAUCAGAUCCAUCGCUCUCUCCCUCAGAUCUUUGAUCCUCAAUCCUCUGCUGCGAUGGAGGCGAUCGAGGAGUUGUUGCAACUAUCAGACUCGAUGCGCCAAGGCGCGGCUAUACUUGCCGACGAAGAUGUUGACGAAAACUCAAGCUCCUCCCGCAGGGCUUCCAGUUUCCUUAACGUCGUCGCUCUCGGCAAUGUUGGUGCUGGUAAAUCAGCUGUUUUGAACAGUUUAAUUGGACACCCCGUUUUGCCAACUGGUGAAAAUGGUGCUACUCGGGCUCCCAUUAGCAUUGAUCUGCAGAGAGAUGCUUCUUUGAGCAGCAAAUCUAUUAUAUUGCAGAUCGACAAUAAAUCUCAGCAAGUUUCUGCAAGUGCUUUACGGCAUUCUCUGCAAGGUAGGCUGAGUAAUGCCACAGGCAAAAGUCGAGAUGAAAUUAAUUUGAAACUACGGACAAGUACAGCCCCACCUCUAAAGUUGAUUGAUUUACCUGGGCUUGAUCAACGAAUCAUGGAUGAGUCUAUGAUUAGCGAAUAUGCUGAGCACAAUGAUUCAAUUUUGCUCGUUAUUAUACCUGCAUCUCAAGCACCUGAAGUUGCUUCAUCUCGAGCCCUCAGAGUUGUCAAAGAAUACGAUGGAGAUGGUACCAGAACUGUUGGUGUAAUUAGUAAAAUUGACCAAGCUUCUUCAGAUCAGAAAGCACUUGCUGCAGUCCAGGCUCUUCUGUUAAAUCAGGGGCCAUCAAGAGCGUCUGAUAUUCCAUGGGUUGCUUUAAUUGGUCAAUCAGUUUCAAUAGCUUCCGCACAGUCUGGAGGUUCUGAGAGUUCACUAGAAACUGCAUGGAGGGCUGAAAGUGAAAGUCUGAAGUCCAUUUUGACUGGAGCCCCUCAAAGUAAGCUAGGUAGAGUAGCAUUAGUGGAUGCUCUGGCGCAGCAGAUUCGAAGUCGUAUGAAAGUCCGGCUUCCAAACCUCCUUACUGGGUUACAAGGCAAGUCUCAAAUAGUUCAGGAUGAGUUGGUAAAGCUUGGUGCGUCAAUGGUGCAGAGUGCCGAGGGUACCAGAUCUCUAGCUUUGGAACUUUGCCGUGAAUUCGAGGAUAAGUUUCUCCAACACAUUACAUCUGGUGAGGGUUCUGGAUGGAAAAUUGUUGCCAGUUUUGAAGGAAACUUUCCAAAUAGAAUAAAACAACUACCAUUAGACCGACAUUUUGAUAUCAAUAAUGUGAAGAGGAUUGUGUUGGAAGCUGAUGGCUAUCAGCCAUAUCUCAUAUCCCCUGAAAAGGGUUUGAGAUCUCUAAUAAAAGGUGUUUUAGAGCUUGCAAAAGAGCCAUCACGUCUUUGCGUGGAUGAGGUACACCGUGUCCUGGUAGAUAUAGUUUCUGCUGCUGCAAAUGCUACACCAGGUCUUGGAAGAUACCCUCCUUUCAAGAGGGAGGUUGUGGCCAUUGCAAGUGCUGCGUUGGAUGCAUUUAAAAAUGAAGCUAAGAAAAUGGUGGUUGCACUGGUAGAUAUGGAGCGUGCUUUUGUGCCUCCCCAACACUUCAUUCGCUUGGUGCAAAGGAGGAUGGAGAGGCAGCGAAGAGAGGAGGAAGUGAAAAAUCGAUCCUCUAAAAAAGGACAAGAGGCAGAGCAAGCAAUGAUGAACCGGGCGACUAGUCCUCAAACAGGGGGUGAGCAAGCUGGUGGAAGCUUGAAAUCAUUGAAGGAUAAGGAUAAAUCUGGUAAGGACAGCAAAGAAGUACAGGAGGCAUCUGGUUUGAAGACUGCAGGUCCGGAAGGAGAAAUAACAGCAGGUUUCUUGUAUAAAAAAAGUGCCAAGACUAGUGGGUGGAGCAAGCGAUGGUUUGUUUUGAAUGAAAAGACUGGAAAGCUUGGCUACACCAAAAAGCAAGAGGAGAGACAUUUUCGUGGUGUCAUCACUUUGGAGGAAUGUAAUAUUGAAGAGGCUUCUGAUGAGGAAGAACCACCUCCAUCAAAGAGUUCGAAGGACAAGAAGGGAAAUGCGUCAGAAAAAGCACCCAGUCUUGUGUUUAAAAUUACUAGCAAAGUUCCAUAUAAGACAGUUCUGAAAGCACACAGCGCUGUUGUGUUGAAGGCUGAGACUGUGGCAGACAAAAUUGAGUGGAUAAAUAAGAUUGGAAAGGUUAUUCAACCUUCUAAAGGACCACUGAGGGGUGCAUCAACUGAAGGUGGUCCUACCAUGCGACAAAGUCUUUCUGACGGUUCUCUUGAUACCAUGACUCGAAGACCUGCUGACCCUGAAGAAGAACUUCGGUGGAUGUCUCAAGAAGUUCGUGGAUAUGUUGAAGCUGUUUUGAAUAGUUUGGCUGCAAAUGUCCCUAAGGCAGUUGUUCUUUGCCAAGUUGAAAAAGCCAAGGAAGACAUGCUAAAUCAACUAUAUAGUUCUGUCAGUGCACAAAACACAGUGAAGAUUGAAGAGCUGCUUCAAGAGGAUCAGAAUGUAAAGCGUCGGAGGGAGCGCUACCAGAAACAGUCCUCACUACUUUCCAAACUAACACGCCAACUUAGUAUUCAUGACAACCGAGCGGCUGCAGCCUCCAGCUGGUCCAAUGGUGGUGGUGGUGCACCAGAAAGCAGCCCAAGAUCAAGUGGUGCAACAGGUGAUGACUGGAGAUCUGCCUUUGAUGCUGCCGCCAAUGGUCCAGUUGACCGUAAUUCAUCUAUAUCUAGGUCUUCAUCCAAUGGCCAUAGUCGACAUUAUAGUGAUCCAGCACAAAAUGGUGAUGUGAACUCGGGUUCAAACUCUGGUAGCCGUCGCACUCCUAAUCGGUUGCCACCUGCACCACCAGGUUCUUCAGGCAGCAGAUACUUUUAGAUGCGCGUCUAGAUUGAUUAAUUGAUGAUUUAUAUUUUCCUUGCAUUCUUGGUGGGUGAGGCUGCUCCGCCCUACUACAUGAUUUUUCUAGUAGAAUCCUUAGACGAGGAGAGAGGGUGUGUGUACAUAGAAGAUUACAUUCCUAUCAGGUUCUUACGGCUUGCCCCAGUGUCACAAGGAUGGAUUCAAGGCAUACUUGAAACACUAUCAUAUAUUCCUCUAUUCAAUUUUUCUUUCCGCGCGUAGAAUUUUACCUUUCUUUUCAUUACCUUUCCUUUUUUAUUUUCCUCCACCCAUUUUUGGAUACUAUAGCUGUAUUUGCCUGUCAUGAUUUUGAUUUGAUAUGUACGUUCAAGCUUUGAUGGCUUUGUAACAUCUGGAUUCUCCUCUGUAGAGGGAUGGAUAUAUCAUAUCUCUCUCAAUGUCAUAUAUUUUGUUUUCCAGUAUUGAACCAACCCUCUUCAUUUUUUAAUUGCGGCAGAUGGUUACUUGUGCUACAAUCUGCAAUAUUCAAAUUUAUGAUAUUUCUUGUAAUGAAUUUUUCAUUUCUCAAAGAUUAGAAGAGGCUGAUAGAACUGUUAAGUCUUU